GAACAAUUCUUAAAAUUAUAUGUGGAUGUGUAAAAUGUUUAAGACAAUAGUUAUUUUGUGUUUGGUGGUGUGUUCUGUGACUGCUGAAUUGUGUUCGAACAGUAAAAAAGACAAAAAAUGUGUCUGCAAGCGUACGACAGACUCGGAACUUCUUUUCCCAGUAACUGUAGCGGAUUGCUCCAACAUAAACUUGAACCAAUUUCCUAUCAAUGGUGAACUGGACUCUGAAUUAAAUUACCUGGAUGUUUCGCUGAAUAAUAUACAAGUUCUUAGUGCGAAAAGUCGACUUAAUAAUACAGUUUUAAGGAGAAUAAAUUUAUCGCGAAAUCAAGUGUCGAAUAUCGACGGUGGAUUUUUUGAUGAGGUUCCGAAUCUUGACGCCUUGGAUUUAAGUUAUAAUAAUUUAACAAGUAUAGAACCAAACCUGUUAAAAGGACUCCAUAUUCUGCAUAAUUUUGACUUAAGUUACAACAAUCUUACUAAAUUACCUUGGGGUGUACUAUCAUCAGCAAAAGAAUUAUUUAUUGUGGACCUGAGCUAUAAUCCAUUAGCAGAAUUUCUUAACUUCCCAGGAACCUUGAAAGAACUGGAAAUAACCACAAAUUUAACAUCAAUUAGUCUGAACAAUGUUGGUUUUACGACACUUAUAAAUUCGUUUUUUGAUGGAUAUAAUAAAAUUAAACAUAUUGAAUUGGCUGAUAAUAAAAUGGAGUUAAUACCAAGUUUACCUCAAAGCAUUGAAUUUGUGGAUUUAUCCGGAAAUAAAUUUACUUUUGUAUCAGCUGCAUAUUUAAAUUAUAAGUCCUUAAAAGUCUUAAAACUCAACCGUAUGCCCAGUUUAGUAAAUAUUCACCAUUACGCGUUCUUCAGCUUAAGGUCGUUGAAAAUCCUGUAUAUAACUGAUUGUUCCAAUUUAAAGGAAUUUAAUGAAUUAGUUUUUGGUUCAACUUACCAUAACUAUGAUGUAAAUCCAACUUCCAUUUACUUGGCUAGGAAUGGACUUCAGAUUAUAAAUGAUAGUUACGAGUAUUUCUUUGAUGUCAUGAAAAACGUGGACUUAAGUGAUAAUCCAUGGCAUUGUAAUUGUAAUAUACUUUGGUUGCAGAAAUAUAAUACACCUAAUAGUGUUUUAGAUCAUCAAAAAAAUUUAAGAUGUUCCACCCCUGAUGACUUUUCCGAUAGGUCCAUUAUGAGUCUGAAGGAUCACGAAUUACCUAAAUGUUUUCCUGAAAAAUUUGUGAGAACCCAUCACCGCGUAGUUGUAUCCAUUAUGAUUUUAAGUAUGAUAAUAUUGUUGUUAUUUAUUUUAUACCUUUUAAAGUAUACUGCUAAAAAAAAUUCCAACAAUGUUGGACCUAAUUCGCCUUAUAAUAUACAAGUUACUGAUGACUAGAAGAAUUACGUGUUUAUUAAGAAUUAAAUAAAACAAUAUAGGUCUAUGAAACGUCCCACUGGGAAAGAAACCUUACAAAAUAUUGCUGCAAUAUUCGCCGACUUUACAAAUAAAAUAUUUCCUGUGCUACUUAAAUUAACAUAAAUGAAAUGUUACAUUUGAAAUAUUGCAUAUAAUAAUUUCCAACAACCUUAAAUUUGAAACAUUAUUUAAAGAUUCACAUCGAAAGUUUUUACAAUGUUAUAUUUGUAACAUUUAGUAUAAAAU